UAAAUCUUAAAUCGGGAUUACGACUACGCGUUAUCGCAAGAUGCACCGCAGCGUUAAAGAUAAGACGCGGGACAACAAUGUUAUCGUUGAGCUGAUAGCUGCUAUUUGAGUAGGGUUACGUUUGAUCAACGAUGACGAAACUCUUGAUAACUGACCACGGUACCAUCAGCUGUACUCGUACGUGCAUACUGCAUAAUACUACGUUUCGUCUGUACAAGUGCAGUGCGCCGGUGCGCAACUCCUCGGCCCUCGCUCGUCAGUCAUCAGUUGCUUCGCAGGAGGCCUACGACAACAACGUUUACUUGUGGCGCGUCGGUCUGCUAUUUGAAAACCCAUAAAAAGAACGACAAUCAUCAACUGCGCAAGAACAAGUGCAUAUAAUUUGCGUUUGUUGGACACCGUGUGACCUGUUUUCAGUGUCCAAUUUACAAGAGCCGUUCCGUCACGGUUUUACGAUCAACAACCAGCCGAAUAACCGACGUGUAGUGGCAAUUCCGAUUUCGGGAAUAUCAAUCUGGUACAAAAAUCCCAAUUUAUAUCAUUGGCUAGCCAGAUAAUAUCAUAUUGGAAAAUAUUUGAAAGGUUUAUUUUAUACCAUUGAAUAUUUUAUACAUUCAAUGCCUAAGAAUUGAAGAAGAAUAAAUCUGUGGUGAACAUUUAUCUGAAACACUGAAGACAAGCACCUUCCGAUAUGUCUCAUACUGAAAAUUCUAACACUAAAUAUCAUGUAAACAACGAUAUGGAAUCAAAUUCAUCUAAAUCAGUCCAAUCCACUCAAGAAAAGAAAAAUAGUCAUUCAGCCACUAAUCAAUAUGCACUUGACGUUACUGAAGAAACUACCUAUUCAACCCGUUCCUGUACACAAAGCAAUGAUACUAGAUAUAGUGCACAGAGAAAUGACAAUAUACCUAAUAUACAUGGAUUUGACUUUGGUGAAUCUAGUUCACAGAGCAAUAAUAUUGAUUCUAGGUCAUAUAUGUCACAGUAUGUACAUAGAACAUUAUCUGGACUAACAGCUGAAUCAUGGGCUCAAUAUAAGACUAGAUACCCCACCAGUAAUCAUUUUCGAAAAACACAUCCAAACUUAAUAGAAUACACUCAGGUAUGUCCACGCUGGUAUCGUAUAGUUUCAAUUGAUGUCAAUGCAGCCGAAUCAAAUGAAUCAUUCUCCUCUUCUCAACCUCGAAAGGUUCAACGUACAACAAACGGUCGUCGCAAUACUGCAGGUAUAACUAAUUCUCAAUCUGAUGUGGAAUGGUAUCGUAGGGUGAAUCGUGAUGUUAUUGAAUCACAGAAAUCAGCCUUGUCGUCGCGAUCCGAAAGACUGGAACGUAGGAGUGAAAGUCAACAACCAAUACCACCUUCGUCGUCUUUUCAAGCUCAAUCCAAUGGUUCUCGUCCGGAGAGUUCUGUGAAUAAUAUUCAUCGUUCUGAUUCACUAACUGAACCAAUUGCCCCAAAUACUCAGUCUAAUGAGAAUGUAAGAUACCAAUCUGACAAUGUUAUUCCUCCAGCCUUACAUUGUCAACUUCAAAACUUAAACAGUAAUCAGUCACCAUCUGUAUCAACUUUCUCAAAUCCUGAACGUGGUGCUGCUCAAGAUAUGACAUUUGUUCCUUCUUCAGAUGUAACUAAUAAUUCAAAUCGUGCCCAAGUAUUGAUAGACCUCGAUGAUAUUGCUACUAAUACAGAAGAUCAACCUAAUUCCUUUUAUGAAGUCAACCGUAAUUUAGUUACACAUGCAAUUGAAAUCAUUCCAACACAUCCUCCAACCAAUUCAACAGUAAUCAAUGAACCCGAAUCACUUGAAGUUGUUAUUCGUUCAAGGAACAAUGCUGAUUAUAAAUUUGUUAUCUCAAAUCCUGCUAUUAUCCGAAUGCAUAAGGUUUUGCAAAGAUGUAUUUUGAGUUCAGACAAUACAAGUUCUUCUGUAAAUAAUUCAAUUUUGUAUCAACAAGUCAAUCACUACAUGCGAGUCUUAAGAAGUACUAUAUUAUCAACAGACUCCAAUGCUACAAGUAUUUCAUCACUUAUGAGUGCAUCAGUUCCGCGAUCGCUCACUAUUGAUCAAUCUUCUUAUCCUCUACUUGAAAAUACAUCUGAAAUGCCACCAGUAAUUAUAAUUGACCGCAUACAAAAUGGUUGUGUCAUUAAAGAAUUGACAAACUGUGCUAUAUGUUUGGAAGAUGACAAUGGUAAUGUCUUAUUAGAACCAUGUAAUCAUUACAAUAUGUGUGGGACUUGCAUGGAAAGACUGACUACAUGGAUUUGUCCAAUUUGUAGAAGUCAUAUAACAAAUAUAAUAGUUUAUGUUUAAGUAUGGUAUGUAUCUGUGGCUUGGAUUAUUGUCAAAAAGGCCAAUGCCAAAUCUAAUUUGGUCAUACAGCAUAAGAGACAUUGGCCCUUUUAACACAAGUAAUGUAAGAAAAUUUUAAUGACAUUGGUCAAAUAAUCUCAAUUUUGUUAAAAUGUGACAUUGGCCCAUCUUGCACUAAACCAUAGAUAUGUAUAAAUGUAUAAUUUACAUAUAUAUUACUUACCUUAGGGUGAGCCUAAUUUUUAAAUUUUUAAAUUUUUGAUUUCUUAUCCUUCCAUUUUGUACAGAAAUUAAUUUUAGUUAAAUAAUAUUUGGUCUUGCUCACUCAACCCUCAAGAACAAAUAAAGGGGUUAAAAUGUGCAAAAUGGGGUUGUUUUGACUUUUCUUUUGUUAAAUUAAAAAAUAUUGUUUUUAUCAAAAAAUAUACCUAUGA